AUGCUGAUCGAGUUGAUCAUCCAUGCAAUCUUGGAGAUAGCUGAACUAAGGCACAUUAAAGAAGUAGGUAUCUUUCGUUUAAUCGUUUUCUUUAUUGCGUUGUUGAUUUCAGAUAAUACUACGCUUCAUGGACCAAAGCGUAUUUUUCACGGCAAGAAAUGCUCGUUCGCUUUUUGGAUAGUUAUGAUGAUUACCUCAGUAGUGCUUUUGUUCAUGCAGACCGCUACACUAAUCUAUAUGUAUGUCAGUCAUCCUACAGUAUCUCAGGUGUCGUUUAUCAUGAAAGAAGAUGGCAUCGACUUCCCAAUGGUCACACUUUGUAACUACAAUCCGAUCAGGAAGACAUAUAUCGAGCGGCUUAAUGUGACUGGUGACUUUUCUGAUGACCUUCUUGACUAUCUUUUGGACUUCCUUAUAGAUGCAAGCACUUUGUAUGGUGCAGCAGACAGAGAAAUUCUUCAUAUAGGUGACAAAGCUCUUGAAAUCUACCAGAAGGCACAUCCAAACUUUACUGUUCAUGACUUCUUCAUGAAGGCUGGCCUUGAUUGUGAAGACAUUAUGAUGAUGUGUUCAUUUGGAGGACGUCGGUUCGAUUGUUGCCGUUAUGCGCAUGCGAUAUUGACAAAUCUUGGAAAGUGCUAUACGUCACCUUGCAGGUUACAAAUCGUUCUUGACUCGCAUCUCGAAGAACAGUUUGAUGGCACUGAUAAUGGUGCGGAUCCAGAAUUUAUUAACGUUUUUGAAAACGGAUAUCGAUACUAUGUGCAUGACCCCAGCACGAUACCCUAUCUGGCAUCGGAAGGUGUAAGCGUGUCGCCAACAAUGCGUGUAUAUUCGGCGAUUUCGACAAAUAGUUACGUAUUAUUGCCGUCGGAACGUUGGGGUAACUGCACAUCAAGUUGGCCACCAGAAUUUCAGAGCGCUCUACCCUACUCAGCGGUCAAUUGCGACUCGAUUUGUAAAGCAAACUUCUUCUUUUCAAAGUGUGGAUGCAGUCCUUUCACUUAUGACAUAGAAAAUUUUCCGAUGUGUUCUCCGUUUCAAACGGUUCGAUGUAUUGAUGACUAUAUAAGGAAACCAGCUGAAGGUGCUGAAUCUUUUGAAAUUCCAAAAUGUAAGUCAUGUCAAGUGGAAUGCGAAAGUGUGAUAUAUCAUACUUACAAUUCCUACGGGUACGGUUUCAGCAAUGGAGCGCUGUCAUGGCUCAGUAAGAAAAAUAGCUCUUGGACCAAAGCCCAUAUGAAAACAAAUUUUCUGGCCAUCAAUGUAUUCUUUCGCGACAUGUCGUAUACAGAAUAUAUGCAGCUUCAAGGUACAACUCUUACUGAAACUCUCAGCGAUAUCGGUGGAAAUAUGGGGAUGUUCCUAGGUAUGAGUAUGAUAACCUUAGUAGAAGUGAUUAUGUUUUUUGUCAAAAUCGUAUGGAUUACUAUCUCGAAGAAGAGGCGUGAUUACAUGUACCGAAAGAAGAUGCUAGAGAAGGUGAAUAUUUAUAUAAUAUUGAAUCUUUUCAAUGCUAGGUUUUUAUUUGCUCCCUAUUACAAUUUUCACGGCAGGGUAUAA